GUCACCCACAGGAUCUUACGGGGUGUGGGUGCCAGUGGUGGGGAGGACACUUCUGGGCCUCGUCCUGUGGCAGUCCUGGGUGAACGGUGUUCUGCUGCGCUGGUGGCACUGCGAACUCUGGAGCGGACACGUGGGGCCUGGUCUGUGAAGCUCACUGGGCCACAGGAUCCCCAAGGCCGGUGUCCUGUGGACACGCUCUCAGGGAGCAGCACCCUGCCAGGGCACCCCUGAUGUCCGUCUGUGGGGUGCAGACAGGGGUGUGUCCUGCCGCAUCCCCGUCCUGGCCUGCCUUCAUGCCAGGCACAGCGUCCACCCACUCUGGGGACAGUGGCCUGGAGGUGUGAUGAUCUCAAGAUGCAGAAGCUUCUAGCCCCUUGGUUCAGGAGUUGGGAUCCCGCUGUGACUGAGCCAGUUUGUAGGGCCGGCUGCUCCGGAGGCCCCAGCUGCCCCAGCCCCUAGGGCCAUGUGGGUUCCCAUUCCUACCGUGGCUCUCUGUGGCCUCCCUGGGCCUGUGCAGAUAACCAGGGCCACCUCUCCUAUCCGGGUCAGCUGAUGUGUGGACAUGAGGCCACGUGCACAGGGGGCAGGGACUGGGACACGGCGUCCCUGGAGCUGUCCUCCUGCCCACCACACUGUGCCCUGCCACACACAUUAGGAGGCAAAGCUUCAAGAAAGCAAGUCACGUACCAGCCUCUCAGAGCUGGGAGCAGCCCCCAGGCAUCCUGCCCACCAUGCAUGGGACAGUCCCCGUGUGUCCCCAGCAGCAUGUGGGGCUGGGGUGGCACCUUCCCCAUGUGCCUGGUCUCUAAACCCCGCUGGGCUCUGCCCCUCAGGACCCUCUGCCCAAGACCUCCGGGUCACUCCAAGUCAUCAGGACCUCCAGGUUUACUGCAGGCAGCUGCAGGCUCCCUGUCAACUUACCAGCUCCCUUGAAGGGCAGAAGUGGCCGUGGCAGUGACCACAUUGCUGGGUGGGAUACGUGUGGCCAGCAGGUAACAUCUAUGCACCCAGAGGGCCACGUCCAUCAUCCUACUUGCUGUGCAAGAGGCACUGGGCUGCAGCUGGACGGAUUCUGCCCCAGGGUCAUCACUUCUAGGCCUUGUGUGGCCGAGGGAGUGACGGGCAGCUUCCUGCCUUCUGAGGGAGUGGGAGAGGCGCGAGGGCCAGGACAGGCUGCAGCAGCCCUGCUCGCUGGUGAGGAGCCGGGUCCCAGCACUGCUGCACACGUCCAGCCCAGUACUGCCCUGCUAAGACACAUCUGGGAAGGCGAGAUGGGCUGCCCUCGUGCCCAGAUACCUGCCCAUCUGUUCCCAUCCAGUGGGCUCGGGCAUUCCCUCCCACCGCCCUCCCACCGCUGGAAGCCCAGGUUUGGAAUCGCCUUGGGCCCUGAAGGAGACCAGAACACCUUGCAGAGCUCGGUGUCCGCCUCUUCUCUGCCGUUUCCAUGGGCACAAACUGAAAUUGAGUUAGACGGGGACCCAGGCCUGUGUGCUGUGGUGACAGAUUUUGACACCAGGUGUCCGUCCACCCAGCAUCACCUGCGUGGCGCUCCACUGCUGCUGCCGCGGCCUUUGGUUCGGAGUGGAGGCUGGGGCUCUGGGAGCAGCCUCCAGGCCUCCUGCUGGGCCACAGCCUCCUCAGCCUUCCUUCAGCCUCCGUCCUCCACAGGGCUGCCCACGCUGGUGGAGGGCGCCAGACCCACUCCCGCCACCCCAGCCAGGAGCAGCCACCUCUGUUGUUUGGAGACGGUGAAGGUCUCUCUUUGUCUCUUGUCCCCCAUUUUUUCCCCUGUCCUUGAAAAAUAUGAAAACCCAGAGAGUAGUAAGGGACCUGGAGGGGGCACCAGUCGGGAGGCUCCUGCUUCCCCUGCAGUGACCAGAAGGCCUCUGAAUCACGUUCCUGCCUGUGCGGAGCGGGGCCCCGGCUGCCACGAGGCUCCUCCUGUGGAGGGUGUCCCUGCGUUCAGAGGCUCCUUGCCCAGCUAAGGCCACAACUCUGGCUCAGCUGAGUGGGGCCAGGUGAGGGCAGCACCGCCAGGGCCGAGGCCCUGGCCAUCAUCAGUGGGCUGAUGCCUGCUCAGCUGACCACAGUCGUGCAGUCCAGGGUGGUGCCCACCCCACUCUGCACCCCAGGUCGCAGAGGGCAGGACCAGAGAGGAGCCUGCCUCCCAUCCCCAGCACAAGUGCAGCGUCGCUGUGGACUCGGCAUCCGGUGAAGGACCCGAGCAGGCCUGAUGAGGCAGAGUUGUGGUCACUGCUGGUCACUGCUGGUCCUGCCCUUGGUGUUUCAGGGUCUGGCCAGGGACCAGUCACUCUGCUGCCCACAGAGUCCAGCUUAUUUAUCUACAGAGGUGCACCGAGUUCACUGUGGCUGCAGGUGUCCAGUGUGAAAUGCCACCAUUUGUCUCAGGACAGCUGGGCCUAAGUGGACCCCCUGUGUCCAUUCCCAGCUCUGGCUGUUUUCCUGUCUCUGUCCAGCCCUGGCUCCAAGGUCAGACAUAUGAUCUGGGUCCUGUCUGCUGCCCCCAGGCCCGCGACUGAGCUUGACCUGACCCUGUGUGCGGGGGUGGCCCAUGAGCACUUGAGUACAUCUCCAGAUCCAGCCACCCUCUGGCCAGGGCAGAGGUGCCCACAAGUGACUGCUAUGUCCA